AUCCUAAGUCUGUGGUGUACGUGAAUUUUGGAAGCAUCACUGUCAUGACACCAAACCAAAUGGUUGAGUUUGCUUGGGGACUAGCUAAUAGCAAUCAAACCUUUUUGUGGGUAAUAAGGCCUGACCUUGUUGCUGGUGAUUUGGCUAUUCUUCCUCCUGAAUUUGUGAAGGAGACAAAAAACUGGGGCUUAUUAGCAAGUUGGUGCCCACAAGAAAACGUUCUUAGCCACCCAGCCACCGGAGGAUUCUUAACUCACACCGGGUGGAAUUCGACUCUUGAAAGUAUAUACGCUGGAGUGCCAAUGAUCUGUUGGCCAUUUUUUGGGGAGCAACAAACCAAUUGUUGGUACUGCUGCACUCAAUGGGGCAUUGGCAUGGAGAUAGACAAUGAUGCGAAGAAAAAUGAAAUUGAGACUCUUGUGAGAGAGUUGAUGGGUGGAGAGAGAGGCAAAGAGAUGAAGAAGAAGGUGGUGGAUUGGAAGCAAAAGGCUGAAAAUGCCACCACAGGUUCAGCUUAUGCGAUUCUGGAGAAAAUGAUCAACCAAGUGAUUCUCACUCAAAAAAAAUAG